AUGUCUAUAACGCUGCCUUCCUGGCACGUUGUGCCUUCCGUCUUUGUGGGGCUACUUCUGGGGAGCAUCUUUGGCAGCUCGUCUGACACCUGGAUACUGCUCCGAGGAGCAUUCGUCAAGUUCUCGGGCCGCAGCCCGUCACAGCGCAGACAGGACGCGGCGCUGACUGCGGCCCAAAGCAGGUGGCUUGUACAGAACCUCGUCGCCAGGCUUUGCGCCCUGACAUUGGCCUACAGCCAGCUGUGCGUGCUGGUGAAUAACGUGACACGUGACCGGGCAGGCUCUCACUCCCACACACCCUCCUCCCCCUCCUCCUCCUCCCACCACCACCGCCAUUACAAUGACAUCCCCCAUCAACAGCCCUCACCAUACCACCACCACCACUACCACCAACCGCACAACGCUACGCCAGCGGGGCCAGCAACCCUCGACUUCUCCCGCGUGCUGGCCUUAUGCGGGGCCCUGAUGCUUACCGGCGUCCACGCCACCAGCCUCUUCUGGCUGGCCUUGGACGGUCGCGGCUACGUGGCCAAGGCCCCGCGGUGGCACCCGCGGCUAAGCUUGCUGCAGGGCCUGGCGGUACUGGCCUGCCAUUGUAGCGGCCGCAUGCCGGUGCAGUUCCAGGUCCAAGCGAUCAGUCACGGGCUGCUGCUGAUCUUGCAGCAGGAUUCCAAGGACCUCUUCCUCUUGCAGCUGGCGCUGGCGGGUCUGACCUACCAGGUAGCGCAUGCAGCACAGCCGUAUGUCCACAAGUUGGGAACUGCCGUACCUGGCAGCGGAGGCGGAGGCGGCGGAGUGUGCGAUGCAGCAGCGGCCGCAGCCUGCCCAGCUGUUUUCGACAGCUCCCUGUCGUACAGCCCCCCUAGCGUCAACGCCGCCAUGCAGAGCGCCAGCUUUCUGGGGAUUAUGUUGGCCCUGAUCUUCCUUUAUAACGUCUACACGAAAUCCUUUUCCCUCCCGCAGCCGUCGUCAAGCCACGUGGAAAGGAACGCACUCGCUGCAUCCUACAUGUCGGCGUGCAGCAGCAGCCUGCCGGUAACAGGCGGAGGCGGCAGCAGCCUGGCGGGUACAGCACCGGGCGCUUCGGAAAGCGGCGGCGGUGGCGGCAGCGGUGGCGGCGGCGGAGGCGGCCUGGAGCCGUCCGCAGCGGGAGAUUCACGUGGUAGCGACUCGCCGCGGCGCCGUAUCAGCGGCCUCGCGCCGUCCUUGCUCCCGUGGGUGACGCGCCGCCGGGCCCAAGGCCGCAGCAGCAGCACUGCCGGAGCCGGCGGCACCGUGACGCCGUCGCCGCCGCCGCGGAAUAGCAUUUCUGGCACCUCAGCCGCAGCCGCUGGCGUUGGCGCCGGCGGCUGCGGCACUUGUCCCUCCACUAGCGCUUCCGUGAUCAGCUGCGGCAUACCCUCCGCAACGCAAACGUUUUUCGCCAGCAAUUUCCUCACCCUGCGGCCCAUGACUCGCGCGUACCUGCUAAAAGUGGGCUUGUCCCGUCUGUCUGCGGUCGUGGCCGGCACCGUGUUCUGCUGGGCUUUGGUCAUGGACUUGGUGGCAGGCGCGCCCCCGCUUUCGCGCAUGGUGUCGCUGCUGUCGACGGUGGCGCUGGUGGGUGCAAAUGCGGCGCACGCGGUGCUGAUCUGGCGGCACCCGUACGUGUACCUCCGUGCCGUACGCAAGUACAACUUUGCGACAUGGGCGGUGACUGUAGCGGGGCUGGUGGUGAAGCACGUGGAGCCGUGGGUGUUCCGUCAGAACCCCGAGCUCAUGGCAGUGGCCGUGUCGUUCGCCUCGCUGCACGGCUUCGUCCACGAUGACAGUGGGCUGGUGUUUGCGGGUCUCGAACUGGUCAUCUUGGCGGCGGCGGUGCUGCAAACGCUGUUGUGGGGCCCUGGGCUGACCGCAUCGCCUGGAGGGCAGCUGGAAAUUCUCAGGGAUUGCACCAUCUACGGGGCCAUAUGCGGCCUAGCCUGCAUGGCCCACGCCGUCAAUCAGCAGUUCCGCCUUACCGGCAGACAGACCUCCUUCCGCGCCGCCGUACCACAGACUCUGCGCGUCAGCAGUAGCAGCAGCGCCGUCGUCGACCCGCGGGGCAUUACCCGGGCGAGCUUUGACUCCUUCCUCGCCGACUCCCAGCAGACGCCGUCACCGCCACCGCAGCCGUCGCUGCUACCCCCGGACUUUCUGCUACAGCCGCAAGGCCAACCGAAUCUGCAACUGCACCCGAUUGGCCCCCACGUGUACCCCCCCCACGGGCAGCCGCUGCUGCCGUCGCCGAGUCGCUGGGCCGCCCUCCGGCACCCGCCCAAGCGGCACAUGAGCCUGCUGACCCCGCUGGCAGAGGGCCACGCUGGGGCACCUGCGCCAACCUUGUCUCCACGCACCACCGGCGGCGAGGCAUCCCGACUAGCCAUCAGCAGCAUCGCCACGCCGUUCUGCUCCGCCGCCGCCGCGCCGGCCGACGACUCGUUUUCCGCCACGCUGGGCGCUGAGGUACUAGGGGACCGCCCUCAGGUCCGCAUGGAACGUGGCGGCUCCGUCGGCGACCUUUCGCCCCUGCCGUACAGCACCGCCGCAAUUCGCGUCUCCGGCAGCGCCGCCGCCACUCGCAUCUUGAACGUGCAUUCGAGCACCUCUAUGGAUCAGGUAUUAGACCUGUCGGCAUCCGCCGCCAUUGGCGACAUCGCCAGGUCUGAGCUCGGCAGCGGCGACGGUACGGCGAUUAGCGGUAGCAGCGUCGGCGGCCGUCGAGGAAGCCGCGCUCCGCCCUGUCGACACGUAAGCAUCAGGAUGGCAGCCCUGCGGGAGCCUGUACGGCGGCGGCGCUCCACCGCGACGACACCCACGUUAUUCGAAGCUCCGCGUUUGAUCCUGGGGUCCCCGGCCUGUACGGCCGGCGGGUCUGGGGAACUUGACGGCAACAUAUGGGAUGCCGCACUGCCCUCUCCGGAGUCGCGGCCGUCGUCGUCGGGUCCCGGCAGCGGCAAGUUGCCGACGCUGUCGACGCAGCAUCUGUCGCGAGGUGGGUCUUCCAAGGACUUGGCUUCGCUGCCGCUGCUGCAGGCGCUCGGCGGCGGCGGCGGCGGCACGGGCCGAGCUAGCGGCAGUAUGACAACUGCCGGCGGUGAGGGCUUGGGGAGUUCGUUACGGCGGCUUGCGUUGAGUACGCAGAUAGGUUGCAUGAGGCGCAGCAGCGGCGGCGGCGGCGGCAUGGGGCCUGUCACGGGCUGGGAUUCGGCGACGACAUCUCCCUCAAAUUCGAAGAGUCUUACAGCGGCGGUGGCGGCAGUGGCAGCUGCGCGCCAUCGCAGCACCCAGCCAGAACCUGAGGAGGUGGAUGCGUUACUGCUGGCGGCGUGUCGGAGCCUGGAGGGGUCACCGCGCAGCUCCCCACGAAAGGGCGCAUUCGGGCCGCCGGCGGCGGGUAGGGGCCCGGCAGUACCCGCAGAUUUUCGUCUGCCUCCUCCUCCUCCUCCUCCUCACCAUCCGUCGGCCAUCCCCAGCGUCUUGACGAACGACGAUGACAUGUCCUCCUGGUCUGCGGCGCUAGCGGCCGCCGGCGGGUCGCCGCCCUUCCAGGUGUACGGCACCAGGAAUAAGUCCCUGACGAGUAAUACUCGGUCAGACUCUGCUGCGCAGGUUUCCGUUGGUGGCGUAGAAGAGCUGACGGCGGUGGCGGCGGAAGGACGCGCUUUGGAGGGGACUCUCUGUGCAGUACGGCCGGCAGGCAGCACAGAGGCAACGACGGAGGCGACGGCGGUGGCGGCGGACUUGAGCCGGCCUGGCGAGACCGUAAUGCCGUCGUCGACGACGGCGACCGAGACGCAUGUACGACAGCUUGUGGACAUCCCGCAUCUGAUCGCCGUUGCUGGCGGCCUCUUCCGCCGCUCCCGUCAGGUGAUCCCCACGCCGUCGCCACUUGGGCUCAGUACCACUAGCGGCGGCGGCGGUGGCGGCGUCGCAUUCGUCCCUGACUCCAUGGAUGGCACAGACGACGCGGCGGCGGCGGCGGCGCCGGAGGCAGCAUGGGCGCCAUUGGCUGCGGAGCAACAGUCUGGCAGUGAGGAUCGCGGUCCCCUAUCGCCCGAGCUAUCGCCCGGAAGACCGCUCAAGGUCUCCACGUCCUUACCCACGCUGGCGUUACGUACGGUGGUCGACGCCGCCACGACGCCAGUGCCGACACAGUCUGGUGCUGCUACUGCCGCUGCGGCUGCUGCUGCUGGCCCGCGCGCCGCCGAGCGCGCCGCUGACGCUACCGCCACCGCAGCCACCGCGGCCGCGGCGGCGGCGGGAGGCGCGCUGCGGGCGCUGGGUCACCAGCUCCGCCGCCUGACGUCAGCUCCCGCCAGCCGCGGCUCUUUAUCGGGCAAUCAGGGCUUGCAAGGUGCUGCUUCUUUAGGAGGCGCCAGCGCGAUGGACGCUGUGGUGGGGGGUCUGGAGGGUUACGUUAGCCCCAUCCGUAUGGGCCUGGGGAGCCUGCUGUUCUCCUGGCGGGGUGCGGCAGCUGGGUACGGCGAUACGUCUGUCGCCGCCGCCGGUAGCGGCAGCGGCGAUCCGUCGCGGAUAGAGGACUCCACCCCGCGGGAUGUUGUGUUUGGCAUCAUCUACACGGCCCAGCACGCCUUGGACCUUGGCCACCUACUGCGCGCCUUUAAGCCGUCUGAGGUGACGGGCACAUGGGUGGCGGCGGCGCUGCUGUACGGCAUCACGCUGGUGGCAGGGUUGCUGUACUUGGCGGCGCUGCGCCGCGGCGACCGCUGGGCGACGUCGCAGCGCUUCCGCCGCGUGUUUUGGGCUCUGCGUCUCACUGUGCUCCACGCGCUGCGGUCUACGAUAUACACGGUUGCGGGCAUGCAGGUGCCGAGCCUGCUGGGCCGCUCUCUGGUUUCCUCAGUGGCAUUCGGACUGCUGGGACUGCCCGCUGACAUAUUCCUGCGUGCCAUGCCAGUAAAGAUAGUCGUGGUUUACUGUUUGAGCUGCGUCAAGGACGCCACGAGGUUGGAGCCCCUGCGCCUGUUGGUGUCCCUCGCCACGUACUUUGUGGCCUCCACCCUAGCAUUCACCGCCGCUGCCGCCGCUGUCAACCGCGCUGCGCUGCGGCUGCACCUCCACGCCGCGGUACAUUGCACCAUCGACGCCGCCGCCGCCACUGCCGCCUUGGAAAGCAAGCUGGCUGAGCGCGCCACAGCGGCGGCGGCUGACGGCGCCGCCGGUGCCGUUGACGACGACAACGAUUUUGACAUCGGCGACUCGGCUUCUGACCUUAUCGCGGCGGAUGAGAGGGACAUGGGCGACCUGGCAGAGGACGUCUUGACAAACCACCGUAGAAUGGGCUGCGGCUGCUGCAGCCUCACCACUGCGGAUUUCGGCGUGCCGACGAUGGCGGAGCGGGAUGGGUCGGGGGGACGGGCGGGGCCUGUGUCGGCGGCGCUGUCGCUGCUGGCAUGUGCGCUGCGUAAUGGCCUCCCGGCAGCUUUCGGCGCCGCCGCGAGUGCGCAUGCUGCAGAGAGUUCGGCGGAGUCGUCGCAGCAGCAGCAGCAGCAACAGCAGCCGCGUGUGGUGCCGAAUCCGCUGCUGUGCUACUGGAACACGUUUUGCUCGGACGGCAACACGCUGGCUUCGACUGUGUUUGCCUUGUUGACGCUGCUGUUCGCCUUUGUGACUCGUCUGCUGUUGCGCUAUGGGGAGCACAAGUCCGGUUACGAGCCGGACCCGUACUUUCUGCUAGAGCAAUGGAUUCUUCACGGCGUCGAGGUUGGCGUGCGUGCAGUGGUAGUCCGGCUCAAUGCGGCGGAGGGGGUGUCGGGCCUCCCGCAGACCGCCCUGGCGCUGUCGCUGUUCCUGCUGGCCGUCUCCUGUGUGGUGAUCAGCCAGGUGGUAGCACUGGCCUUCUCGGCCUCUGUGGACCCCCGGGUGGCUCUGUACCAGCAGGCCAUGGCGGAGCUGUCCGCUGCCGUAUCGUCCAUGCAGCUGCAGGAAGCUUCGAGACACGCCAUCACAGCCUCGGUGGACAAGUACAUGGGCGAGGCUCUUGACAGCUGCUCCGCGCUCCUUGUGCUGGUGGAAGCCCAGACUACUCGACCCGCCACCUUUGACGGCAUGGUUUCACCCCUGCUCUUCAAGUCUGUCGGGGGCCCUCAAAAUAGCCGACGGAACCUGGGGGCAGCAGCUACUGGUUCCGGUGGCCAUGGGGGCGGGGGCGGGGGAGGCAGCGCGGGGGCGACCUCACACGGUAUGGAGUACGACACCCACGCCACGGUGUAUGUGCUACAUGACAGGCUGCUGGGGCCUGACCUGCCGCCGUACAAGCUGCCUUUGGAAGAGCUGCCCAGCGUGACAGCCGCGCUGCAGGGCUGUGUGCCGCUAUUCACCAACGAUACCACCAAGGCCAGUGAAGACCUCAUGAACCGUUUUGGCGACUGGCGCAGCGCGCGCGACGUGGAGGGUGCUCGCAGUCUGUGUGUUGUGCCCAUGUGCUUCAGCGGUCAGCCCCAGGGUGCUCUGGUUCUUCACUCUCCCCUGGCGGAUGUGAUGGACUCGUUGUUUGUGAGCAUGCUGCAGGCGCUGGCAGCGCAACUGGGGCAGGUCAUGUAUCUGAAGCGCGCGCUGGAAGAUGUCCGCGCGGACGAGCACCUGCUGUCCGACCUGAUGCCCUCCCACGUGGCGCACACCCUCAAGCGCCGUUUCAUGUCCAGUCACGAAGAUGCGCUCACGCUGCCCAUGUUCGCAUCUAAGGCGGCCUCGCAGGGGCCACCGGGACUGGGCCCACCCAUGGACGCCGCCAGCCUGGGGAGCUUUGGAAAUGCCUCGUUUGACGGGGGGUCGCUCCUGUGGAAGCAGUCAGGCGGCGGGGGGCUGGGGGGAGGUGGCGGCAGCGGCGGCUUCGCCACCGUCAGUGCCGCGGCUGCCGCCGCGGUAGCGGCGGGCAUGCCCGGCGGCGGAGGCGAAGCCGCAGCUGCCGCCCCUGCCCAGAUCGCCAGCGCACUGGCCAGUGGCGGCAGCGGCGGCGGCGGCGGUGGCGGCUUCUUGCAGGGGUAUGCAUCGGGGGGCCCUAGCCUAGGUAGCGGGCAGGGCGGCAUGUCAACACGGCGUUGCGGGUUGGCUGCCGCGGGGUGGAGUGCCGCGGUGCUCGCACAGCAACAGCAGCAGAACUCAGGGGGCGGGGGCUCGGCGGCGGGGGGAGGUACGGCGCAGGACCUUACUGGGUUGACGGAAGCGUUGCCGGCGGGUGCAGCGGCGGCGACCGCGACCGCAGCGGUGGCGGCGGUGGCGGCAGCUUCCCGAAUAGGUCCCGCCGUGACGUCGCUUGAGACGGCGGUGGGUCUCGUGUACCAGCAGUGGCAUAGCGACGUCACAGUCCUGUUUGCGGACAUUGUGCAGUUCACGCCUAUGAGCCAGGAAAUGGAACCACAACAGGUGAUGAUGAUGCUCCACGAGCUGUUCAGUCGUUACGAUGCGCUGCUGGACCGGCACAACGUGUACAAGGUGGAGACCAUCGGAGACUGCUAUAUGGCAGCGACGGGUCUUCUGGCGGAUGACCCCGACCACGCGGCGCACAUGCUCGACUUCGCAGUGGGCAUGUUGGCGGCGGCUGCCACUGUGGCUGUUCCCCUGCCAGGUCGUGGCAAUGUGCGCAUCCGCGUGGGCAUGCACACCGGGCGAGUGAUGAGCGGCGUGGUGGGGGCUGUGCGGGCCCGCUACUGCCUGUUUGGUGACACGGCCUCCGAAACCACGUACCUCUCCCUCCCCUCGGAGCGGCAGCUGCACUGGCAGUUCCGCGGAGCCAUUGAGGUGAAGGGCAAGGGCUCCAUGAACACAUACCUCUUCGUGCCGCAAAACAACAACAACAACAACAACAAUAUUAUUAUCAACAAUAUUAUCAACAAUAAUAUUAACGCGGACAACACCGUCACUGCCUAG